CUGACCCCGCCCACUUCUCGCUAGGCCCCGGUUGAGGAAGUGAGUUCCGCUGACAGGGCUGGGCUCCGACCGGAGAACUGUUAUCAUCUGCUCGCGCUCGCACGGCUAAAAACACGGUGUAGCGCCGAGACCACCGAGCUGAACCCCCGAACCGCCUCCGUGACGAACGCGUGCUUACUUCUCCCGAGACCGUCGCCACCAUGAACGACCAGCAGUUAGACUGUGCUCUGGACCUGAUGAGGCGUCUCCCUCCACAGCAGAUUGAGAAGAAUCUUAGUGACCUCAUCGAUCUGGUGCCGAGCCUGUGUGAGGAUCUGCUCUCUUCUGUGGAUCAGCCUCUGAAGAUCGCUCGAGACAAAGUGGUUGGGAAAGACUACCUGUUGUGUGACUACAAUCGUGAUGGUGACUCCUACAGAUCUCCUUGGAGUAAUAAAUAUGAGCCCCCUAUUGAUGAUGGUGCGAUGCCCUCGGCCCGUUUGAGGAAGCUGGAGGUGGAAGCCAACAAUGCGUUCGAUCAGUACAGAGACCUGUAUUUUGAGGGCGGUGUGUCCUCCGUGUACCUGUGGGAUCUGGAUCACGGUUUUGCCGGAGUCAUUCUCAUUAAAAAAGCCGGAGACGGCUCCAAAAAAAUCAAGGGCUGCUGGGACUCCAUCCAUGUGGUGGAGGUGCAGGAGAAGUCGAGUGGACGUACUGCUCAUUAUAAACUCACCUCCACGGUGAUGCUGUGGCUGCAGACGACCAAAACCGGUUCUGGAACCAUGAACCUGGGAGGAAGCCUCACCCGACAGAUGGAGAAAGACGAGACGGUCAGCGAGUCCUCCCCACACAUCGCCAACAUUGGACGUCUGGUUGAGGACAUGGAGAAUAAGAUCCGCUCCACCCUGAAUGAGAUCUACUUUGGCAAGACCAAGGACAUCGUGAACGGCCUGAGAUCUAUCGAGUCUCUCCCUGAUAAUCAGAAGUACAGGCAGCUGCAGCGAGAGCUCUCUCAGGUUCUCACUCAGCGUCAGAUCUUCAUAGAAUAGGGUUGAGGAGUGUGCAGACGCUGGCAGCGGUAAGAGCCAAGCAGGAGGCUCUGAGGACCGAUCUGAUCGACGCUCUCAACAAACGCAAACAGCAAAGCUAGAGAAAGCCCCCAACACCCCGCCACCCACUCUCACACACACACACACAAACACAUAUAUAUAUAUAUAUAUAUUAUAUACAUACACACACACACACACACCUCAUCUCAUCUCACCUCUCAAAUAACCUUCCACCCCACACACACACAUACUUUCCCCCCUGCACCAGUCUCGUUGUCGUCUCCUCUGUGCUAUGCUCUGUCUAUGGAAAGGCAAAAAAGGGGGAAAAAAUGCUUGGCUUUGGGUUUUUUUUUUCCUCCAGCUUUCUGUCUCUCUCUCUCUCUCUUUGAUCGUUAUGACGGUUAAGUUAACGAGAGAGACAUGUGUUUGUCCCCUGAAUACCAUCAUCUGUUAUAGAGGAGAAACUAUUUUCCCUUAAUUUGUUUUCUUUUCAACUGUAUCGAUAGCCACGCCCCUACACAGGCCACACCCACUGCUCCUCUCUUACAAAUGCACUUGUUCCCUGUUCGGGAAAGUCAAAAUUAUUAUUAAUCAUCAUUAUUAUUGUUAGUAAAUCACUUCAGGUGUGUGUGUGUGUGUGUGUGUGUGUGUGUGUGUGUGUGUGUGUGUGUGGCUUUAAACAUUGUAGAGUCUCCUGACUCGCCCCCCUCUGCCCAGUCACUGGUUCUCUCUGCUUUGCCUGUUGUUUUGUUGUUGUUUUGUUGUUUGUUCGGGGUGGAAUAUUGUCUUUUUUGGGUUUUGUAAAGCUUACAGUUGAUGUAUUAUUAGAGCCUCCAGCAACAAUAAAAACUGUAAAAUGCGAUAA